GGAUUCAUGUUGGUUAUGUAAAACAAGACAAAAAGCUAAGAGAGUAGUUCAUUCAAAUGUGAAAAUUGCGAAUAAGCAUCUCCUCCCCCAACCGCCUCACCCAUCUGCUCUCCGCCGCCGUCACCACCACCUUACCGGCGAUGGACGACACUUCCGAACCCGAACCAGAAACCGCACCUAACCAAACCCAACAACAACAACCUCUCUCUCUCCACACCCUCUCUUCCAUGAGGUCUCUCCUCAUCAACCCUUCAACCCCAAAACGCACCGUUUCCUCCAUCCUCGAAACCCUAACUCGCUCCCCUCAACUCACUCACCACUCCCUCAACCUCCUCUCCGAACUCGCCACCCUACACCCUUCAUUCACCCUCGACACACUCCUCCCCUCCGCGGCUGAGUCCACCACUCGCCUCGCCGUUGAGGCCCUCGCCGCUUUGAAGCCGGGUUGCGAACUCGACGGCGAAACCUUUGUCUCGCUCUGUUUCGGGCCCUCCGUGCCGGCGCGGCUGUGGAUGCUGAGGAAUGCGGGUUUGGGGUAUCGGGUUCGACCCGCAUUGCUGUUUCCGGUGCUGUUGGGGUUCACGAGAGACCCUUUCCCUUAUGUGAGGGAGGCUUCGUUGGAAGGGCUCGUUCGGUUGAGCGAGUGUGGAGAGUUCCAAGACCUUGGCUUGGUGAAAGGGUGUUAUCAACGUGCCGUUCAGCUUCUCGGUGAUGUGGAAGGUUGCGUUAGGAUAUCUGCGCUUCGUGUUGUAGCUUCAUGGGGUUUGAUGUUAGCAGCUUUUAAUGCAGACAUGAAGGUGUAUUGGUCCAAUGAAGUAUUUGCCAAGCUUUGUUCUGCGGCAAGAGAUAUGAGCAUGAAGGUCAGGGUUGAAGCCUUUAAUGGCCUCAGAAAGAUGGAAGUAGUAUCUGAGGAUAUUCUUAUGCAAAGUUUAUCAAAGAAAGUUACAAAGGUUGGAAAGGGAAAGGAAACAUUGGAUGAGAGAAAAUCUGAACAGUUUGUGAUGCUGGCACCUAGUGUUGCUGGUGCACUAGUUCAUGGACUUGAGGAUGAGUUUUUUGAGGUGCGGAAGGCUGCAUGCCAGUCCCUACACAGACUGACGAUCCUCUCUGCUAAGUUUGCUUGUGAAGCCCUGGACUUGUUAAUGGAUAUGCUGAAUGAUGAUUCAGUGGUGGUUCGGUUUCAAGCUUUAGAAACCAUGCAUCAUAUGGCAAUUAAUGGCUGUCUAAAGCUUCAGGAAAAGCACGUACACAUGUUUCUUGGUGCUUUAGUGGAUUGCAGCUGGGAAGUAAGACAUGCUGAGAGGAAAAUUCUUAAAAUAGUCAAGCUAAAUGAUCUAGCAUUAUUCAAAUCAUCUAUUGACAGACUUCUGGAGAAUUUACAGAGUUAUUCACAGGAUGAAGCUGAUGUAUUUUCAGCUUUCUCACAUCUUGGUAGAAAUCACAAGAAAUUUGUUGGCUUGAUUAUGAGGGAAACUUUUGAAGAGGUAGAAGCAGCUUUUGAAGGAAAUGAAGAAUUUAAUAGUGCAAGGAUCGCUGCACUUUUAAUUCUUUCUGUAUCUGCUUCACUAUUCAAUGCAGAUAUAGGCAGUAUACCACCAUUGAUGUUUUCUUAUGCAGUUACACUGCUGGGUAGAAUUUAUUAUGCUUUUAGUGAUAUCAUGGAUAGGGAUGCCCUUUUGGCAUACCUUUGUGAGAGAAGCAGAUCUACGGCGUAUUCUGCAGCAAAUAUUAACCUAGAGGAAGGGAAGCAACAGUUGCCUUUAUCUGAAGGUGAUGCUGCUAAUUUAUCAAGCAAUGAGGUAAUGGACUCCAUAAUGGUCUCGCAUAUCAUGAGAGAGCAAAAAGAGGUAGCCAAUUAUCAAGUGGAACAAAAUCAGUCAUUACAUAAUGAAGUGACGAACUUCACUAAUUACAUCCUUGACAAGUUCCCUGGUUUAUGGUCAAUGAUACAGACAGGUGGUACAAAUGAAGUGCUAAGGUCCUUCAGGUGUUUGAAAGAGGACUUAGCACUUCUGAAAUUUGAUUCUUUGGGAUCUGGUGAUGCUUUGGCAUUUACUGUCCUCUAUCUCCGUAAUAUAACGCUACUUGUAGAAGUGUGGGAGCACUUGCACUUGGGGCCAGCAAAUGGUUUGUCUUCAUGUGGAACGGUACUGGAAUCGAAACUUCAAAAGCUCGACAGAAGGGCAAAAGAGUUUCUGAGUAGGUUCGUAGGUUUUACGGCAGAAGAAGAAUUGAAUAUCUUGGAGCUUAUAUUAGUUACUUAUGCCCUCAGGCUAUAUAAAGUUGAAACCAGCUGUCUCAGUCUUACAUUAGAGAGGUUGACUGCUAUAUAUUUACGUUUUGUCUCUAUCCUUAAAGAAAAAUCGUCUUUGCCGUCAAAUUUCGUAGCUGAACUUGGCAAGUUAUUACAUGAGUGCACCUCCACAUAUGAAGCUUCCUGCAGUCCACUUGAACUUGAUAAAUGUCUCAAGUUAUUCUCCCUGAAGCAGUUUAUGUUUCAUGGAGGAAUCAGACAUGUAAAGGCAGAACUAAGCAUUCCCAAUAAUGACUCUGAACAUCAUCUUACCUUUGUUUCAGGACUACCAGUUGGUAUACAAUGUGAGAUAACUCUCCAUAAUGUUUUAUGUGAUAGUAGGUUGUGGCUGAGGAUGAGUGUGGAUGAUGGUUCAACACAAUAUGUCUUUCUUGAUUUGGACCGUUUUGAAGGCUCCAGAGAGGUAAGGAAGUUAGCUUUCGUUGUGCCGUUUUACAGAACACCAAAAGCUAAUUCUCUUAAAUUGAAGGUUUCUAUUGGUUUGGAAUGUAUGUUUGAAAAUGUUUGUCCAGUCCAGAGGUUUGGAGGUCCAAAACAUGAACUAGUGCUUCUUUGUAAAGAAAAACAGGUUUAUCUUUCAAAGGUUUAUAAUGAUUAAAUUAUUUUUGUAAAGAAAAACAGGUUUAUCUUUGUAAAGUAAGUCCUACUGUAAAUUAUGGCAUUAGUUUCAUACAACCCCAAAUUUGGAUAACUUGGGCUAACUUUUGAUCGUACAUGAAGGAGUUUUCGUUGACCAA